AUGCGCCCAAUAGAUGUCUCUACUACUAAUGAAAAACUUGUGUAUAACAACCUGUUCUCUAAAACUAAAUUAACCCCAAACAAAAUAAAUACUGGUGAUAAAGUAAGACGAGUAUAUGACAUGAAAGCAUUUGAUAAAGGAUAUUACCCUAGUUGGACAGACCAAAUAUUUACUGUUGAAAAUACUAUAAAAGGUGAUAAACAGUAUGUUUUUAAGCUAAGAGAUGAACAGGGAAAUAUACUUGAGCAGCGCUUUUAUCCCCAGGAAUUGCAACAAAUUACUGAUAAUCUGUACAGAAUUGAAAAAGUUAUUAAAAAACGUAAACGCCGUGGAAAAACUGAAUACUUUGUAAAGUGGUUAAACUAUCCGGAAAGCUAUAAUAGUUGGACAGAUAAUAUUGAAAAUGUUUCGUAA